GCUACUGCUAUCCUUUUUUCUCCACCACGCUAUUAAUUUCUAUUCCAACAAGUGGUUUUAAAGUUUCUUGAUUUUGAAUUGCUUUGCUAUCUCAGAUGUUCAUGAUAGACCAUUCUUUUCAUAACCGCCAUGCCCCGUCAUCGUUUAAAAUAACCUUUUUUAUGGUAAAAUUGACAGAUAUUCACAUGAAGUCACAUUGUUGAUGAGUAAUCUCUUACUUCGCUGCUAUAUAAUUCAUUCUGGCAGUGAAUUAUGACCAAUUGUGCAAUAACCACUGGCUGAAGACAUCCCUUAAUUAGUGGUCCGGUCUGCAAUGUGAAAUCAGCACAGCACAAAACUCAGAUAUGCAGCUAUUUGUAGCACAUUUAAAUGACCGAGAAACACAACUCAAAGGCUUAUUUUUAAGGCAGUUUCUUGUAAGGGACCUCAACUCCCUAUGUUGUACGAAUUACACCAUUAGUUCUGGCACAUUUUGUUUUAAAAUGAAAAAUGGUAAGACCAAGGUAGGCAUCCAGUAUGUAGCCUACAAAGACCAGAAUCGUGGUAAUUCACUCGAGCAUCAGCGAGCUCAAUGCAGCUGCUGUAACAGACCAAUUCGCCCGGCUACAUCAUCAUUUCCUCUGCGUGCAAGUAGGUAUCCAGGACCCGCCCACGGAUACCUUUCAGUACAGUACUACGUUGUCUUCGAUUUAGGCCCCUGCUGCAUUCACUAAACUUUUUUAAAUCAUCCUUUGCAUUGCGCUCUUAACUCCACACGCAAGCCCCAUUUUCACUGUUCCACGUUUCCAAGUGGUUGCCAACUAACCGUUCAAUUUUUCUAUUGGACAUCAUUCCCGUCCGUCACACAGGUCUACUGGUCCAAGUCUUUCCCCAUCCGCAGCUCCCGUCGGAAACUCAGCCUUGCAUUGCUUUUCCCAUUGGAGUCUCCUGUUGCCAGUCAAUCCACGCCUGCGUUUCAGCUCUCCGCCUCCACAAUUCUUCUCUCGGCUUCGCUUGGCGACCGUCAUAUUGGCUGUCAGGAAGAAGGAAAGACCACGGCGAAAGCGGACCGGUGGUCGAGCAAGGGGGACUCGAUUCAUUUUCCUUAAGUAACAGAAAAAAAUUCCAUCUCGGUUACGACGGAGCUGUCUAGAUAAUAUGUGUUAAAAACCGGCCACAGGAAUGAGAAGAAUCGCUGUAGUUUCCCUUGUUUUAUUCGCCACCGCGAAUCGCCAGGGGGAUAUGUGCUCGAGUUCUUUUAGCCAUUUUUUGCAGACAAAAGAGAGCGGUUAAAAAGGAAGACAAAAGAGUGAAAAGGUCUCGGGCCCUGGUAGAUGGAGAGAGUUGGCAGGAUGUGGAGCACGCUGAAGAGCCGGUGUCAGACCCUGUUCCACUCGGAGGGCGGCGGGCGUGGCGAGGGCGCCAUGGAGGUGCCCGACGUGCGCUGCGUGGUGGACCCCGCCCGGGGCAUCCGCCUGGGCGAGCCCCUGGGCUCCAGGGCCACCAGCCCCGCCCGCAGCCUCUCGCCCCUCCCCCUGGUGGCCGACGCCCCCCCGCAGGCCCUGGGGAGGCGGGGCCACAACUGCGUGACGGACAUCCCGCAGAUCGUGGAGAUCACGAUCGACAAGGACAGCGAGGACGCGCGGGGGCCCGGGGCGGCCCCCCUGGCCCGCCGCGACUCGUACUCCCGCCACGCGCCCUGGGGGGGCAAGAAGAAGCACUCGUGCUCCACCAAGACGCAGAGCUCACUGGAGACGGACAAGCGGCUGGGGCGCACGCGCGGGGGGCUGCCCCGCAGGGAGCGGCGCUACGGGCCCGGCCCCGCCCACGAGGCGGAGCCUUGCGCCGGGCGCUCGCUGCGCCAGCGCAUCCACGACACGGUGGGGCUGUGCCUGCCGCUGCGGCCCCGGCCCCGCCCCUCCAAGGCGCUCUUCGCCUCCAAGCGCAAGAUCCACCUGACGGAGCUGAUGCUGGAGACCUGCCCCUUCCCGCCCGGCUCGGACCUGGCGCACAAGUGGCACCUGAUCAAGCAGCACACGGCGCCGGUCAGCCCGCAGUCCUCCGGCACGCUGCUGGACGCCUUCGACCCCGCCCGGCCCUCGCCCGAGGACGAGGAGGAGCGGCUCCGCGAGCGGCGGCGGCUCAGCAUCGAGGAGGGCGUGGACCCGCCGCCCAACGCCCAGAUCCACUCCUUCGAGGCCACGGCGCAGGUCACCUCCCUGUACAAACUGGGACCAAAGAUGGCCCCCGGGAUGGGCGAGGGGUCCGGGGAGGGGAAGGGCGGGGCCGGGGGCGGGCUGGCGGCGGGGGGGGGCGCGGCGGGGGGGGCGGUGGCCCUGGCGGCGGCGGUGGCGGCGGCGGCCCCGCUCCCUGCAGACUGCGACUCGGAGGAGGACUCCACCACGCUGUGCCUGCAGUCGCGGCGGCCCAAGCAGCGGCACACGUCCGGCGACGGCCACGCCGCCCGGCAGGGCCCCUGGAAGGUGCACACGCAGAUCGACUACAUCCACUGCCUGGUGCCCGACCUGCUGCAGAUCAGCGGGCUGCCCUGCUACUGGGGCGUGAUGGACCGCUACGAGGCGGAGGCGCUGCUGGAGGGCAAGCCCGAGGGCACCUUCCUGCUGCGCGACUCCGCCCAGGAGGACUACCUCUUCUCCGUCAGCUUCCGGCGCUACAACCGCUCGCUGCACGCGCGCAUCGAGCAGUGGAACCACAACUUCAGCUUCGACGCGCACGACCCCUGCGUGUUCCACGCGUCCACGGUCACCGGCCUGCUCGAGCACUACAAGGACCCCAGCUCCUGCAUGUUCUUCGAGCCGCUGCUGACCGCGCCGCUGCACCGCACCUUCCCCUUCAGCCUGCAGCACCUGGCGCGGGCCGCCAUCUGCCGCCGCACCACCUACGACGGCAUCGGCGGGCUGCCCCUGCCCUCCGCCCUGCAGGACUUCCUCAAAGAGUAUCACUACAAGCAGAAAGUGCGCGUGCGCUGGCUGGAGAGGGAGCCCCUCAAGAUCAAAUAGAGACGGGGGGGGGGGGGGGGGGGGGGUCGCUCGGUCGAUCUGCUGGCGGUCAGGAGGACUACGAAGCAAAGCAAAAACUCACAAGUGUGCAUACCUGUUCAUCACCUGCAGACUGCUCUGUACGGGCAUUUUCGGGGGGGGUGGGGUGGGUC